UUAAUAAUAUAAAGAGAUCCCAAUAAUGUUAAUACCAGUAUUUUCGCAAGAAACUAAUAUUCUAUUUUAGUGCAGUAUUUAAAUUAUACUUUAGGCUUAACCAUAGAACACAAAGACAACCUAAGUAGUAUGAACACACAGGUGGGGUGCUCCAACACCCCAAUUAAAAAACCACAUACUUCAUCGACAAAGUAUGAUUUAUUAAUACAUUUAACGUCUAAUACAAAUAAUACUUUGAAAAUAAUGUCACAAAACACUUGUCUAUACAGGUGGUUAGUUUAUACAAGACUGGCAGACAUCAUUUUUAUGUUCUGGGCAAAUUGCUGAGUUACAUUUUACACAGAAUGUUUUUGUCUUUCUGGCUUUGGACUUUGGACAGACUGAACAUCUUGCCUGUGUUGGUCUGUUGUUCACAACUUAUGGCGCAGGGUUUUCUAGUCCAAUGCCAAGGCUUUUUUAAUUCCCUCUGCAAGCUCCUUUGAUAAAGGUUUCUUUAGCCUUUCCUCCAUGAAUGGUUUGGCUAGCUGUAGACAAAAAUCUUUUAGAAAACAUUACCGUUGUACAGUCUUGUCACUGUGUUUGUUUCAAAAUUAAUACUAGGGCGUCAACACCUGCCUGAUCUAAAUUUCCAUAAAAAAACCUAAGAGCCAACAACGUGUUUUUCUGGCAACACUAUGGGUGUGAUUUAACUGAUGGAAAGUGUCAACCCCUCCCUUAGUUUUGUUGUAGAAGUGUACUAUUUUGGGCAUUUUUAUUUCUUCAAUUAUAGAUUUAUCACCAUGCAUAGUAGAAAGCAGGAUAACAGAUUUCCCUUUUUUAGGGCAGAUAUUUAUAGUUUUUCUUAGUCAAAAGCAAAACUCGAGGAAAGCACUUCUUUGUUUUUUGAUGGUAGGAAUGAAUGUGGGAUUUCUCUCUUAUUUUUACGCAAUGUUCCCACUAAUGACAACUUGCAGUCAGUUGCUGCCUGCUAAAGGUAUUGACAUAAACCAAUUAUCGGCGGUGAUGUUACGACCUGUCCUAUUUAUAGUAUUUAUAGGUUCUGUAAUUUCUUUUACAAUACUAACCUGAGUGGUUGAUUUAUGUCUCUUCGGCCAUUUUCUUUUUCAAUAUAAGGUGUAGCGUUUAUCAUGUAAUAUGUUUUGCUAUCACACAUGCACACUAGUUUUUAAAUCAUAUUUUUAUCAGGCCUAGAAGGAAUGUAAACCUUGAACGGACACUUACCUCGAAAGGCAAGAAGUUGCUCAUCUACUGUACAAUAUGCAUGGGGUGUGUAGCAAAAUUUGGAAAUAAAAAUGUUCCACAGGGCACGAAUAGAAGCAAAUUGAUCAUCCUCGUCUUGUGUGGAACAGUCAUUGAAACAUUUGUUAUCUAUCACAGUGAACUAUGGAUAUUGUCAAACAGAAUCACCACGAGCAACAGAGUCUUUGUAUGACAAGGCCUUCCUAUAGACAAGGAGGGAAGCUGACUGCAGUGAAGGUGUACACAGUGUGUGAUGAAUCAGUUCAUCUGAUAAUAAGCAGAGUUCCUGCUAUUAAGCUACACUCCGAGCUGUGUACGCUUUGCAACCGCUUCGGAGAUGUCACCAGAUGUGUCCAAGUUCCUAAUUAUGAGACUGAGGAAUCAUUUGUGGAAACAUAUCAUGUGCAGUAUGCAAGAAUACAGUCUGCUAGGUAUGCAAAGAAACAGCUGGAUGAAAGAGCUUUCUAUGGAGGUUGUGUUGCACGUUUGUUAUGCCCCAGAACUGGAAACUGUUGA